GUGGAUGCAGGGCCUGCCUGGGCAAGCCCAAGGUGGCUAAAACAAGCAGAAAAACAGGGACCAGCUUGAGACCUACUUUGCUAAAUGGAGCCCCCAAACCAUCCUCUGUCCCUCCAGCCUCUGCUGCAUGCACAGCAGCCACACGACCAGCAGCUCAGAGACUGCAGGAGCCAGGACUAGCAGCUGCUCCCCAUGUCCCACACACCUCCCCAUUCCUGCUGGGACCUGCCUGAACCUGUUCUGGCCACAUACCUCCAUCCCCAGGGCAAGUGCUCUGUGCAGCCCAGUGGCUUUCACUGGCCACCCCUCAGCCGGCAGCAGGCCCGGGGUGUGCCCCUUUUUCAGGCUGCUGUCGGGAGCCGCUUGCUGCAGAUUACAGAGCUCACAUCCUCUCCCUGCCCUCUUCCUAUCCCAGACAAUGCUCCCAAUUCAGCUGCCUGCCUCGCCUCCCACCGGGCCCUAAAUAUGGUGCAGCCAGGCUGAGCUGUUGCACCUGAGCUGGCUGAAUCAAUAUUGACUGGCCAGGAAUAGUCCCGCAGUCCUCUGAGAAUAGUCCCGCACGCCCGCCCCGCUGCCCACAGCUUCCCGCGCACGGGGCUGUCCUGCUGCUGGCACCAUAUUUUUAGCUGCUGUAGUUGCUGCCUGCCAAGGGCUGGAGGUGCUGGUACCUAGUGAGCUCUGAGGGCUGGGCUGGAGGGGGAUGACAACGAGGGGGGACACCUCCAGCCGCAGUCACACUGAGCAGCAGGACAGAGUGCCCCACUGCUGCAGGUUAAGGCCAGCAGAUCUCAGGUCAGAAGGACCCACCAGACCCCCCACCACCCUUUUAUUGCUGCGCUUGGGAGUAGGACCCAGCACUUGCCUGCCCUGCACCCCUGCCACUGUCUGCCUUAUGGGGACUCAAAGGAGGAGACUUCUGGCCUCAUACUUUAGUAACUGAGCUCCAAAAUGCAGAGGCACAAACGAGUCAUGGGCUCCACUGCUGGGCCCAGUUUGGGCUUCUCCAGGGCUUUUCAUGGUCCCCCAUGCUGGAGCUGGCAUGGGACCCCCACUGUAGGAGAGGCUCCAGCGUGUGCUCGGAGCCUGGCUGGGACAUCGGGCUGGGAGGAUGGUGCCCUGCAUGGGGAUCCUGGGGCUGUGCACUGCUGCACACCCAGGGAUGCUGGAGGCUCCUGCAGGACGUGGCGAUGAGCUCACGGGCUAUUCCUGGCCGUGUUGAUCCUGGCUCCUACUGGCAGGAACCAGCUGCUUUGACUCCAGACAAACAGCCUGGUGGCCACCAACACAUUCCUGACCGGUCCCUGGCUGCGGCGAGGGCACAGGGCUUCCUGUUUAUCCCCGUCCCACGGCGUGGCACAGUGGGGCGGGUGGGCAGUGGGGUGUCCCAGGAAUUGGCAGCAUCCCAAGCCAGAGGUUUCUUGCAGGGCAGGUUGUGGGGGCCAUCCCCAGUCUCCAUGUCUCGGGGCGGGGGGCUGUGCCUGGGGACUUCUGCAGCCAGCCUGGCUCAGGGAUGACCCGGGUGAUGCCCCAAGCCCCAGGAGGACCCUGCUCUGGGCUCCUGGUGUCACUGCACAACCUUCCCUGGUCUCUGUGUCACCCAGGUGUGGGCCCCGUUGCAGCAGCCCCAGGUACCCCCUUCCUGCAUGCCUGCUUGAGCUGCUGUGUGGGGUGGAGAGGGGUUUUCUUUUAGGGUGUCCCUAGCUUGGCAGUUUGUCAUCCAUAGAAAAGCCAUGCCCUCUGUGGCUGGGGGCCACCCCCACGGUGUGAUUGUGUUGGAGAGGAGCAGGCAUCUCUGACUGGGGACAUCAGGUUCAUUUUCAGGGGGGAUCCAGACUCACCGCAGGUAGGGGCUGUCCCAGGGAUGCUCAGACCCCCAAACUGGGAGGCAAGCAGGGGUUGGGGCAGCGGUAGGUUUGCUCCAGGGUGGCAGAGGAGGGCAGGAGGUGAGGCAGGAGGUGGGGCAGGAUGCAAGGCUGAGCACGGUGCGGGGGAGGUCGGGGCUGGACUGGGCAGCGUGGGCCCCCACCCGGGGCGGCCCACCCCCGCCGCACCAUAAAAGCGGCGGCAGGCGGUGCUCGGCGGCAGGAGCGCUGCUGGAGGCCAGCGGGAGCCGGCGCCCGUUCCUCCGCUGCUGCCAGUUCUACGCUGCUGCCGCCUGUCCCGCACCGCCAGCCCCUGCCAGGGGCUCCGUGUCAGGCUGUCCUCAGGCAUCCCACGCCCAGAUCCAUGAUGGUGAUGCCAGCUGGUGUGAGCCCCAUCCUGCUGCCACUGGUGCUGCUGCUGUGCCGGGUGGCCCCCAGUGGGCAGGAGCCGGCCCCAGUGCAGCUGCGGCUAGCAGGGCCGCGGGGGCUGGCCGGGGAAGGCCGGCUUGAGGUGCUGUACCAGGGGCGCUGGGGCACUGUCUGUGACGACGGCUUCGACUUCCACGCGGCCACUGUCGCUUGCCGACAGCUGGGCUACACUGCGGCCAUCACUUGGACCCAUAGUGCCACCUACGGCCAAGGGGAAGGCCCCAUCUGGCUGGACAACGUGCAGUGUGGGGGCAGCGAGGGUUCCCUGGCAGAGUGCAUCCACAAUGGCUGGGGCACCAGUGACUGCCACCACGGUGAGGAUGCUGGCGUGGUGUGCUCAGGACAACACCUGCCUGGCAGCUCACCCCAGGCCACCACCUCUGGUCACCUGGGAGAGCAGGUGCCGGGGCUGAGCCUGGAGGAGGUGCGGCUCAAGCCCAUCCUGGCACGGGCCAAGCUGAGCCUGCCAGUGAUGGAGGGUGCCGUGGAGGUGAAGCACAAUGGGCGCUGGAAGCAGGUGUGUGAUGCCGGCUGGACCAGGAACAACAGCCGCGUAGUGUGUGGGAUGCUGGGCUUCCCCCGGGAGAAGCACAUCAACACCAGCUUCUACCGGAAGCUCUGGAACAUGAAACUGAAGGACCCCAACUCCAGCCUGAAGACCCUUAGCCAGAAGAACAGCUUCUGGGUCCACAGGGUGCGGUGCCGGGGCACGGAGCCCCACCUGGCCCGCUGCCCCACGCAGGUGGCACCGCCAGCACCCCAGCAGCAUGCCUGUCCUCGUGGCAUGCACGCCAUUGUCAGCUGCCUCCCAAACCCUGCCUCACAGAAGGGAACAGGCAAGGGCAGGAGCAAGACCUCCCCGGGAAAGGUCCUCCCAGUGCGGCUGCGAGCAGGCACCCAUGCCGGUGAGGGCCGGGUGGAGGUGCUGCGCCACGGGCAGUGGGGCACCGUGUGUGACAAGCAGUGGGACCUGGCUGCAGCCAGUGUGGUGUGCCGGCAGCUGGGCUAUGGGACAGCGAAGCAGGCCCUGGUGGGAGCCCAGAUGGGCCAAGGACUGGGGCCCAUCCACAUGAGUGAAGUGCAGUGCACUGGCCACGAGCGUUCCCUGGGUGAGUGCCGCUUCCAGGAUGCUGAGCAGAGCGGGUGCCGUCAUGAGACUGAUGCCGCUGUCCGCUGCCACAUGCCCCACAUGGACUUCCAGAGCCAGGUGCGGUUGAUUGGGGGCCGCAGCCCUGAGGAGGGUGUGGUGGAGGUGCUGGUGCCAGUGCAGGGGCGGCUGCAGUGGGGCACGGUGUGCGGUGCACAGUGGGGGCUGAACGAGGCCAUGGUGGUCUGCAGGCAGCUGGGGCUUGGCUUUGCCAGCCACGCCCUCCAGGAGACAUGGUAUUGGGCAGGCAGCCCCGAUGCUGCCCAGGUGGUGAUGAGCGGGGUGCGCUGUGCCGGCACCGAGAUGGCCCUGCAGCAGUGCCAGCGCCAUGGCCCCGUCCACUGCCCCAGCGGUGGGGGACGCUUCUCGGCAGGGGUCACCUGCACUGCCUAUGCCCCAGACCUGGUGAUGAACGCCCAGUUGGUGCAGGAGACAGCCUACCUGGAGGACAGGCCGCUGGGGCUGCUCUACUGUGCCCAUGAGGAACGCUGCCUCUCACGCUCUGCUGACCACAUGCAGUGGCCCUACGGCCACCGCCGCCUCCUCCGCUUCUCCUCCCAGAUCCACAACCUGGGCAGAGCUGAUUUCCGACCCAGGAUGGGGCGCCAUGCCUGGACCUGGCACCAGUGCCACCGGCACUUCCACAGCAUUGAGGUCUUCACCCACUAUGACCUGCUGACGCUCAAUGGCUCCAAGGUGGCUGAAGGGCACAAGGCCAGCUUUUGCUUGGAGGACACCAACUGCCCCGAGGGGCUGCAGCGACGCUUCGCCUGUGCCAACUUUGGGGAGCAGGGAGUGAGUGUGGGGUGCUGGGACACCUACCGCCAUGACAUUGACUGCCAGUGGAUUGACAUCACUGACGUGCCACCGGGCAGCUACACCUUCCAGGUGGUCGUGAACCCCAAGCACGAGGUGGCCGAGUCGGACUUCUCCAACAACGUGAUGCGGUGCCAGUGCAAGUACGACGGGCAGCGUGUCUGGAUGCACGGCUGUCACACAAGUGAUGCCUAUGGCGCUGAUGUGGUGAGCGAUCUGGAGAGACGGGAGCGCCUGGCCAACAACCUCGUAUGAGCCCACACAUCAGCAUGCUCCCAGCAGCACCAUGGGGCAACUUGGCUCCCGCACCCCAGCCCCUGCGCCCCAAAAGUACCAGUCUGAGCUCAGGGACUCAAAGACUUUUGUAUUUAUUGAUGCUGCUGCAGAAGAUGGUGAUGAGCACCAGGGCUGGUGGGGAGUGCCCAGUGCCCACAGCCCCAUGUGGCCAGCAGGACCUGCAAGAGGGGCCCAGGUACCACAGCAGCCCCCACCUCUGUGGCUCUGGUGCCCCCCAGGAUGACUACCUCAGCCUGCCCGCCCAGUCCCCCACCCCAGCAGGCUUAGGACAGACCUCAGCCACUGCCAACUGUGCACCAGUCCUGUCCUCAAUAAAGGUGCUGUGCAAUGGGAGAGGGGGUACCCCCUUAUCAACCCCACCACCCCCUGAUCUUUCCCCUGCAGUCUUCCUCACCAAGACUGUGAAGCUGGUCCUCAGCUGGUAACAACCUUGGUCUGGCCGAUGUCCACCCGACCAGGCAGUGUCUCCCCUCUGACACCCAGAGCCACCACCCCCCUCGGCAAGCUGAAGAGUGGCUUGCGGCCAGCAGUCCCUGUUGCCCAGGGCACCCUGGCCCUGAACUGGCUGACCCUGUGUGUGCAGAGGGACUGGGCCAGCUCUGUGGCAGUGCAGGCCGGCAGCCAACCCACCGGCCGCCGCGACUGCAGCCACUGUGUGGGGCUUUCCCAGUCUGCCCUGGCAGCUUCCCAGCCCCAGGAACAUGGAUGGGGCUAGUCAGCCCCUCGAAGCCAUUGCUCCUGGGCACAAGGUGGGGACACAGGUGUCCUUCCUCUCUGUUUGUUUCCCCACGUGGUUUCUAGCAAAACUUUUUAAAAGCAAAUAAAUGGGAAUAUUUGCCACCAA